AUGUGGGUGCCAACAGCCGAGCAAAUUCUCCCCGUUCUCUCGAUCACCGCCAUGAUCUCCACGAUAUCGCUGUUCUUUUGUGGAUUUCCGAUUUGUUGGGAAAUCUGGAAGCGCGGUGGAACGAAAGAUAUCAGUGGAAUGCCAUUCAUUAUGGGACUCAUCGGAGCCUCAUUCUGGCUGAGAUAUGGUUUUCUGAGAAGCGAUUCGACGAUGAUUACGGUGAAUGUGGUUGGAUCGAGUCUUUUCUUCGGCUAUUCCAUUUUCUAUUUGGUGAUGAGCAAGCCGAGGAUAUCUUUUGGCCUUCAAUUGCUUUUCUCGAUCUCGUUGGUCUCGUUGAUGGUCAUGUUGGUGAUGAACUAUGGACUGAAAAUGGCCGACGUUCUCGGUUUUGCCUGUAUGACGUUCAAUAUCGCCUGUUUCGCUUCUCCACUCGCCGGAAUGAGAGUCGUGUUGAGAACUCGUUGCACGGACACUUUACCCCUUCCGAUGUGUAUGGCGAAUUUGGCGGUCUCUUCUCAAUGGAUGCUUUAUGGAACCUUGAUUAAUGAUAUCUAUGUCAUUAGCCCGAACGCGUGCGGCGUGUGCUUGUCGUUUAUCCAAUUGUCUUUGUUCUUGAUUUUCCCGAUGAAACCCGGGAAAAAGGCGCCACUAUCGUGCUGUUUCCCGUGCAUUCAAUCACCAGAGAAACCGCUUGGCGACGAGCAAGAAGAUUUGGAAAAAGCCGCUCAUUGCGAGAAAGACGGUUUCAAUCAACUGCCGCAACAUGGAAAUCUCUUCGAUUUGGAGAAAAAUCUCGAUGGAGAGUGUGUGGUACCACUUCUCGACGCUUCUCAACCAGCUUUCAAAGAUGGAGAUGAAGAGAAAAAUGGGAUGGAAAGAGAUGGAGACAGAGCUGGAAAUGAGAAAAAUGAGAAGGGUCAUUGUAGAUCGCCACAAUUGUCGAACACAUCGACCGAUGAAUCGAAUGAUGAAGAAAAGAUGGAGGAAAAAGAUCAAGACUCCGAUGGAUCGUUGUCGAGGAAUGGAUCAACUGCUAGAUUGACUCAGAAGGACGAACCGGAGCCUCACCACCUGGCUCGUCAAACUCUUCACGAUGCU